GCGGCCGUAAAUCGGGGCGUGCGCGGCGUGCGGGGCCCGCAGCGAGCGGUGCCGUCCGGUUGCGCGAUGCAUUGUGGGUGCGGCUGAGGAAGUAAAAUGGCGGACCUGGCAAACGAAGAAAAACCUGCCAUUGCUCCACCUGUCUUUGUAUUUCAGAAGGAUAAAGCGCAGAAGAGAUCUGGAGAUGGAUCAAGUCCAGAAGAUGGAGAUGAAUCUGAUCGAGAGGAUGGAAGUUACUGUCCACCUGUAAAACGUGAGAGAACUUCAUCUUUGACUCAGUUCCCUCCUUCUCAGUCAGUAACAAAGAACAAUGUCUUUAUGCCAUCAAGUUUCUGUGAACCCUCUACAGGCAAUUCUGACUCAGAACCAGAGGAAAAGAGCAGUGGAUUCCGGCUUAAGCCACCAAUACUUAUCCAUGGUCAGGCACCUAGUGCAGGUCUCCCUAGCCAGAAACCGAAGGAACAGCAGCGAAGUGUGCUCCGUCCAGCAGUAUUACAGGCACCACAGCCAAAAGCUUUCUCACAGAUGGUUCUCAGCAGUGGCACCAAUGGUGUAAAUAUCCCCCCAGAUUCUGCAGCCAUAUCAGAAUCACCAAGUGAUGCAACACUGAAAAGUUCCAACUCUGAAGACAAGGCACCACAAUGUCAGAAAAAGGAGUCCAACAAUACUUCAGAUGAUGACAGCUGUGAGAAGGCUGAACUAAAUGCACACCAAGCAUUUGUUUUUGGGCAAAAUUUAAGAGAUAGAGUUAAGCUAGGAGAUGAAAGCGAUGAAACUACUGAUGUGCAGAAUGCUGGUCUUCUGACAUCAGAUAUACCUUCUGCAACAAACUAUUUUCUACAGUACAUCAGUUCCAGUGUAGAGAACUCUAUGAACAGUGCAGAUGCGUCUAGCAACAAGUUUGUUUUUGGACAGAACAUGAGUGAGCGAGUCCUAGUGAGUAUCCACUAUAGUCCACCAAAAUCAAAUGAAGGUAGUACAGAGAGUAAUAAGGAGAAUGCUUCUACAGAGUCUGGGUCUGAAUCGUCUUCUCAGGAGGCCACACCAGAAAAAGCUAAUAAUAUUUCAGAAUCACUGGCAGAGUCUGCAGCAGCCUAUACUAAAGCAACAGCAAGGAAGUGUUUAUUAGCGAAGGUAGAAGUGAUUACUGGGGAGGAAGCUGAAAGUAACGUCUUACAGAUUCAGUGCAAGCUGUUUGUAUUUGAUAAAAGCUCUCAGUCUUGGGUGGAAAGAGGUCGAGGGCUCCUGAGACUCAAUGAUAUGGCCUCAACAGAUGAUGGAACAUUACAGUCUCGACUGGUGAUGAGGACUCAGGGGAGUCUCAGGUUAAUCUUAAAUACCAAGCUCUGGGCUCAGAUGCAGAUUGAUAAAGCCAGUGAGAAGAGUAUCCGGAUCACCGCCAUGGAUACAGAGGACCAAGGAGUGAAAGUUUUUCUUAUAUCAGCAAGCUCUAAAGAUACAGGGCAGUUGUAUGCUGCAUUGCACCAUCGGAUCUUGGCCUUGCGCAGUAGAGUGGAACAAGAGCAAGAAGUCAAGAAUGUAGCACCUGAGCCAGAGGUAACACAGUCAAAUGAGGAAGACAGUGAUGAUGAUGUCAUUGCACCUUCAGGAUCAGUUGGAAGUGGUCCUAAUGAUGAAGGUGAUGGGCAGAACACUGGCAGCACAUAGCAGAUGUGAGCCAAUCUGCUUGCAAGGCUGCUAUGAACACCAUCUUGCAGGCGUCUCUGGAUACCCCAGGCCAGCAAUUACUUCAGGCGAUGUUGAAAGCUCCAAGACUUAAGAACUGUGCAUCUCUGUUCUGUUUGUUUGGGUUUUUGGUCUGGAUCAGUAGAUUCCACACACACACAAAAAAAAAAAGCAGACUUGGAAGCUACCUGAAUGUGGUUUGGGACGUUGAAAGCUCAUCAUAUUGAUGAGCAAAAAAAAAAAAAAAUAAAAAAAAAUCCAACCCCAAAACAACAAAAACACAAAAUGCAACCACCCCCAACCAUUUUCCCUCUUCCUUGUAAUUAAAAUGGCACAUUACAGCUUGUCACAGCUUUUCAUUGGGAUCUUUUGGCUGUUUCUUCAGUAGUUCAUGUCUUGCAGGUCUCCAAGAUAGAACUUUUCAACACGGUUCCAACUUGAAUUCUGCUUUUAUAACCCCUACUCUCCUUUAUGCAGGGAAACCUGGUUCUCAUCAGCUCCUAUGCUCACUGGCUGCCCUUUUGGGUUCCUUUUUUUUUGUACUGCAGAUGGGGCAGAUUAUGUUUUUACCUUUUAAUCCCAACAUAGGUUGUGGAUGUGGACAUCAUUGUUUGCUGUCUAGUGGGUUUGUAAUCAGAAAGAAAGAAAACAUUGUGUUUCACCAGAAAAGUUUUUUUAAUGUGAUAAUAAGAAACUUUAAAGUCUGCAGGACGUUUUGCUGACUCCUUUUUUUCUUCCCAUUUCAUUAUUAUUUUUUGGGGAUUUGUAUUGUGGUGAGACUUUUUUAUUUUAGCUUUUCAAUAAGAUGCUCUUGUGUGUUGAAAAAGUGAAAUUAUUGUUUUGUACUGUUCUUUUCUGUUACUAUUUAAGGGAGAGCUAAGCCACUAUAUAUAAUAGAUGUUGCAUACAAUUUUUCUUAGAAAAUGUUGUUUUUAUGGCUACAGUAAAAUGCAGGAGGCAUACAAAUUACACCUUCAGAAAAGGUAAUGACAAAACAGCUGUUAGCCCUUGGAAGAAUAAAAUAGACUCUUGUAAUGAGCUCUGCCAGCCAUUAAAAUAAAUCUGUAUAAUAAAGCAGCUCUCAUGUAAUGGCUUGAUUCAACAAGCCAUUUAAGUACUUGCCUGACUUAACUGUAUGUGAAUAAUCUUACUGAAGUCAAUGCAACUUUUCAUGCUUAAAGUUGAGGACAUUUUUAAAGAUCUUGCUGAAUUAAUGGCCUUAAAUAGAAAAUUUAACUUCUAACCCUUCCUGUCCCCAUUCCAUUUACUGAAGUCUUGCAGCAUGAAGAAAAAGGUAAUACGCCAGCCUUGAGUAGUUUGGGCUAAAGGUUAUUGUAUUCUGUUCCACCACAAAUAAAAGGAAGAAUGUGUUUUUCUGUGUGAAAUUCUGAAGUACACCAACUGUAACCAUAACUCACUCUUUUUUUUUUGUUUGUUUGUUUUGUGUGUUUUUUAAUCAUUUGAGCCUUUUAUGUGAAAGUUGUUUUAUUUUCUUAUUGAAACAUAUGCUAUGUUCUUGUCCAGCAAGGUUGGAAUUUGGUAGUCACCAGGUCACUUUCACUAUAAAUUCUCCAAAUUGUUCUAUUUUCUUUAUAAAUAGUUUGCUGAUAGAUAGUUUCUGACUUUCAUGCUUGCUCCUUUUUAGGUUAAGGAUCUAAAAUGCAUCACCUAAAAGAAAAUGAAAGGGGAAGAAGCAUUUGAUGUAGCAUGAACUGAAAGCAGAAACCCAGGUUAUAGCACAAAAUCAACUUAGAAACUGAGUAUUCAAACAGCAAAAACCCUUUAUUUCCUCUAUUUUAAUGAAACAAACUUUUCACUGGCAGUCAAGAACAAGUCUUCCCCUGUUUUUUGUUGUUAGCCAUCACUGAAGACUGAUGCUCUUGGGACAGAGGGUGCUUUUACUUUCCCUGAUAGCCAGUUGAAGGAACAUCUGUGAUUACUUUUCUGGCAAUUGAAAAUGGCUAAUGAUAAGCUGUGCCACUGCAUCUUGUUCUCUCUGGAUUGUCCACUCAUGCCUUCUUGCAUUUUGGUUUUCUUUUUCCCUCAGAGUUACAGGGCUUUUUACUGAUGAACAGACCUAUUGCUGCACCCCUACUCUUGCCAUGCUUCAACUGGAACAUGGCAGGUUCCUUAGUACCCACCACACAAUCGUUUCUGCAUCACAAGGUCUGGGGACUUCUAAGUAAGUGAUCUGCAUUUUGGAUCUGGGAUCUUUUUACAUAGUUGAGAUACUCAGAUACAAACUACUCUUUUGAAACACCCUUGCACCAUAAAGCUGUUUCUUGUCAGCACCUUGUUCAUAAGGAAAAUUAAUAAAGUGUCUUGGCCAUCAGGGCCUACUAGGAAAACAGGCAUUAUUUCCUGGUUCCUAGGUCCCACAUUUUCUAUGGUGUCCAUGCUGAAUCUCUCUUUGAAGUGUUUUACCUAAAAUUCAAUUGAUGGUGCAUGAAGAUUCAGAAAAAUGGAAUAAGAAUGCUUGCUUUGGGUUUUGGUGGUACACAAUCACCUACAGCUUUCUAAAAAAUCUGGCAACUGUUUACUGAUGCAGAUUUUAUUUUUAGCUAGAAGCUUUGCAUAAAUGUUUAUAGUGAAAGUAGAAAUGUUGCUGUGCAUCCCAACAAAAUUGGCAGUGGGUUUAGUUCAGGCUCUGCCCAGCAAGAUAAGUUAGGCCAAAGCAAAACCCUGACUUAGCUCUCUGCUUUCAGCCUUAGUAAACCAGCGACAGGCAAAACCAGAUAAAUGCCCAUAUGUCUCAAAAGAUCUGUGUAAGACUGUCAUAUCAAAAGGUACAUGGGAAUUAGAUUAAAACCUGUGUCAGCAAGUAAGCAAACAAAACACCCUGAGCCCUGUGUUGCAUUUCCUGUACUGAGCAGCUGCUAUUUGAGGGCUGUCCAGCUCUGCUGCCUUAGAGCACUCUUCCCCUUAAUCAUGCUCCUGCUCCAUCCUUCUCCUUUGGCCUCUUGUUAGCUUUUGUGUGGUGUUGACAAUUCCUGUAUAGCCUGUGUGGCUGCUGAUCCACACAGGCACAGCCUUUCAGAUUUCCAAGUGGAAAGAAAAUACAGAAGAAUGUAGUAAAGUUGAACAUUCUUGCUGAUAAUUCAACAGUGUACUCUGGCAACCAGGAGUACCAGCUAUGUCCUGGUGUGACAUUUGGCACAGCCAGGUGAAGGAGGGGAUUGUGUCUCUCUGCUCUGCACUGGGGCAGUCUCACCUUGAAUUCUGAGGGCAGUUUUGGGCACCACAGUAUAAAAAAGACAUUAAGCUAAUAGUGUCCAAAGAAGGGCUGCAAGUAUGGGGAAGGGUCUAGAGGGGAAGCCACAUGAAGAACUGCUGCGUAAACUGCUGAGGGCACUUGGUUUGUUCAGCCUGGAGAAGGAGAGACUGAGGGGAUACCUCAGUGCAGUCUUCAACCUCCUCAUGAUGGGCAGGUACCAGUCUCUACACUCUCAUUACCAAUGACAGAGCUUGAGGAAACAGCGUGAAUCUGAGUCAGGGGAGGUUUAGCUUGGAUACCAGGAAGUUUUUCACCCAGAGGGUGAUUUUAGAACUGGAGCAGGCUCCUCAGGACAGUGGUCACUGCACCAAGUCUGAGUUGAAGAAGCAUUUGGACAAUGCUCUUAGUCCAUAAUCCCAUAGAGUGAGAUUAUUAGGGUGCCCUGUGCAGGGCCAGGAUCUAGACUUGAUGAUCCUGAUGGGUCCCUUCCAACUGAGUGUGCUCUAUGAUUUUAUGAAAAUGUUGCUAGAAUGGUGAUGUCACUGAAACCUGAAGUAAGCCUCUUAUCCAUAGAAUGAAAAUAUGACACACACAGGAAAUAGAAAUAUUAAGGUAAGAGAAUGUUAUCAUUACAUCAUCUUUCUGUCGUCCAGUUUCCCAUGCUUUAGGGAAGACAGGACAGGAAAUUAUCUAAAUAAAUGAGUGCUCAGCCAUCCUGCACUAGAACUAGGGUGGGAGGUGACCAGAUUCUUAGAAAUCUGCAGGAAUUAAAACCCUCCAACUUUAUAAUGGCUCCUUUCUGUUCUCUGAAGUAUCAAUUGAAGGUAUUGCUUGGGUAUUACUGCCAUUAGAUGACUGUUCCUAAUAUGUCCCCUUCUGCAGUUCAACUGGUCUCUUGCUCUCCCACUGAGUGUAGAAAAUGGAUUAUUUACUUUCUAAAAACAUGCUGCAUAUUUCAAAAUUUACCGUGUUUCCCAUAAUCUUCUCUAGUUUUAGGAAUUCCAGUUAUGAUAAUUGCCAUAAUUUGUCACACAUGAUUUCAUUAAACUGACUUUUCACUGUGU